AUGGAAGAUUGGUCCUCGGAAUUCGAACAGUACCUCAGUGACAACGAAGGACACCAUUCUAUCGACCUACCAUCACAAGUUGACGGCAUUCCCCUGAUGGAAGCUGCAGUUGGUUGGCAUCUCACAGCCAUUCCAAACUUACCGCCCACUCUUGUCUUCAUUCCAAUAAGUGAGCUCGAGACAACUGCCAUUUCUGAUGUUGCGGAACCAUAUCAAUCAAAUUUGGCCAGUCAUAAUGACCUAACGCCCUUGCAUUUAUAUCCACUUCCGCCUGAUGAAGUGGAGGGUGAGGUUCACUUUUCACCCUAUGCCAACUCUACAACAACCGUUCUACACGGCAGUGAGUGCAAGAGAAAUGAAAAGACACGCAACUUAUCAUCCUCCGAUUCAAGCAAAACUUCAGAUGUUUGUUUUAUGUCGGCUGAUGAGGGUGACUCACUCACUGAGGAGUUGUUUUAUGAUCCCAUGAAAGUGGAAUUGAUGGAGAAGCAAAAUGAAAUACAGGAAGCUAUUUUGGGACUUAUGGGCAAGGAAGAAGCUAGUCUGGAUUUGUGCCCCAUCAUGGUUGAGAGUAGAAACGGUGCCACCGAAAAGCCAUUCAUUUACGAUGACACUAAAGAAUCAGAAGAAGCCCCUUCUUUAGAUGAAGGAGAUCAAUCUGGAGUCGCAGAAGUAUCAACAGAAACUGGUGGAAGUUCCGGUACAGAACUCGGGACAGGACCUUUCAACACAGUGUACAUUGGCCAAAAGUCCACUUUUCAAUUCGGUGGGCAACUGGAGGCUCGGGUGUUGUGUGAAGCUGUUUUGGGAUCAAAAAGUUCUGAAGACGAUGUUGUAGUGAAUGAAGACGUGCUGACAGAAACGGUUCAAGAGGCCAUCGCUUCACCAUUUCAACUGACGUGUCUUGAUGACGGUGAGAAUGGAGGGAAUGGUAUGAACUUUGAAAAGGAUCGAUUCAAUAGGGAUCUUCUAGAGUCUUCAUUAGGUAUGGAAUUUGGAGAGACACCCAGUCAACAGCUAACUGCCAGAAGGAGGUCAAUAAUCAGUGCCAAUUAUGAUGGUGAAAAAGAAGCAGUUCUUCAUCUUCAAGACUCCUCGCUGGAAGAAAAAUCCAUGGUGCUUGAUGAGACAAGACAUGCGGACGAAUCCGAAAUUGCCGGCGACUUCGACAAAAUAGAUGAAUUCGUACAUUCAACAAAUGCGUUUAAGGGAAAAAUGGAACAUGAUCUAGAAGAAGAAAGUGUUGAUGCGGCUGUUCCUCCUGAGGAUCUAUUUUCAAUUAAAAACUCUAAGGCAGGUAAUUUGGACGUAGUUAAGCAAGAAGGAGGUUUUGAACCUUGUUCAGAAGGAAUAGCUAGUAAAAUGAAUUUCGCAUCAGAAAAAGUUGCUGAAAGUGCUUCUGAAACAUAUGAAAAUAUAGAUGUAGAGGUGCCAACAGCCAUGCUUUUGGUAGCUCAGAAGGAGCCGCUGGAGGUUAGGCAUCAAGCAGGCAAAAUUGAAUUAUCCUCGUAUUUUUACGAAGUGUUACUCCUCCAAGACGCUAACCUAUUCAUCGAAGAAAGAAAGCAUGCUGGGUCAUCGGAAGUAUCCUGCGCCUUUAAUGAAGUAUGCGACCUGCCAUCAAUUACAAACUAUGCCCAUCAAACCAUAACGGCCGAAAGUGGAAAAAAUGGGGGUAUCCUUGGAGGUAGCAUUAAAACUGAUUUAGUCUCACCGCUUGAAGCCAUUGCAUUGCGGAAAUCUCUGUUAAAGGAUCCAGUUGAGAGCACACCUGAAACAGACGAUGUCGUAUGUAAAACCACGUUAACCGACAAUACGGAAGCAGCCGUAGAACCAGAAAAGAGUAGAGAAGGGGAGAUGCAGAGUUGUAAGUAUGAAAAAGAGAAAUUGUUUGAAAACCUUGAUGAUUAUUUAGAAGAAUCAAACUCAGAUGCCAUACCCAACCUGGAUUUGAGUAGUCAGAUUGAGCCACUUAGAGAAAAAGUUCAGGUGGGUGAGUCGGAAUCCGUCCAGUUUCUCAGUGGAAGACCAUCACCAGAGGGCGGCGGUCUUUUGCUUGAUGCAAAGAAGCAGGCUGGUUCUUCUGAAAUAUCCAGCUCCUUUGUUAAAAAUGAAGAUUCUGCAGCCUCCGGUGACCUGUCAAAUAAGACGGUUGUGGAAAAACUGAGGACACAGGGAGGCGAAUCUGUUUCUCUCGAUGCUGGCACGAUUACGUCCCAAGAGGACCCCUCUAUACGAGAUCAACAGAAGGCUGGAUCGUCUGAAAUAGCAUCUGCGUUUGAUAAGGAAAGUGAAAAAGAAGAAUCGCCGAAACUCACUACAGCUUCACUUCUCCUGCCAGAAAAUGUGAGCGCUCUUCAAGAUUCUGGAUGUGGCUUAGCUCCUUUGAAAUUCGUAACUGAAGAAAGCAAGGAAGAUGAGGUGGAGAUAUCAGAAGAGUUUAGUAUGGAAGAAGAGCUCGACCAAACUACAUUUACGUAUAUGGGACCAUUGAUGGGAAAGUUCCUCCCCGAAGUAUCUGAAACCGUUGUGAAUUUAUGUAGCAAUGUAGCUGAAAAUGCCGAAACUUUACUUGAUGACAGUAAAGUAGCUGAAACAUCUGAAAUGUUUAUCUACUUCGACGGGAAUGGUGCAACUUCUCACUCAAACGAAUCUUCUAACGCAGUUGUGGUCGAAGCAAGCAGAACCAAGUUUUGCACUGCAAAGGUCUUGAACUUCGAAGUCUUCAUUCCUUCCCAUGACGAUGGUGCCGUGAGAGAAGUUCAAACUAAGCCACAAGUUAGACUCACACAAAAUGAAACAGUUUUGGGCAUCGAAUUGGAAGAAUUGGGCCCGAAUGAUAUGCCAUAUGAAUAUGAGGUCCCAAUAAGCACAGACACUGAACCUCUCAGAGGUGGAUUGAAGGCACAUUUAGCUAAAAUCUUUGUGGGAACAGGUGAGUUGCAAGUUGAAAAUGUUGAUGGUUCCCACAAGUCAAUCGUCCAGAGGGAACCGAUCAAGCAGUAUGAAACAUCGUUAACUGAGCUCGAAAGUGUUAAGGUUCCCUCCGAUCUCCAACCUCUAAUCGGGUCACAAAACUUUGGUUUCGAAAGCAUUGAUUGCUGUAAUAACGAGGAGUUGGCCACAAUUAUUUUGCAUCCAGAAACCUAUUCAGUCGAAUAUCAUCUGCCGCAGAAUCAGGAACUCCAUGCUCUCGAACAACCUUCCACUUUUGUCGAGAAUCAUAAAGAUUUCGAUAAACAUGUAAUCAAGGGGAUGCAACAGAGUGCUGCCGACCAAUUAACUACUCUCUCCUCCGAAUUUGUUGUUUCCGAAGACAAUCGGUCGUGGGCCGAACAAUGCGAGAUUCAUGGGACCUCUAAUGAAGACUCUCCUUCAGAGAUGAGUGUCGUGAGACGACACUCCAUUCAGCUCCGAAGACAGUCGAGUCACUUCUCUCUCAAUAUAAACGCUUUUGAUACCUCAAAGAGUCUUUUCGAAACCUGGUCAGAGAAGGACAAACCCGAACGAGGAAGAUACUAUGUCUCCUUCACCGUUGAAGCCUUUAGGAGGCGAGAAACUAGUCCCGAUUUAGUGAGUGUAGAAGAAGACGAGGCUGUGGAACGCGUGGAUGGUGACAAUCCGGACCGUUGGGUGGUUGAAGCGGCAGCGCCCGAUAGGUGCGGUCGCUUGGCCAGUGUCUGCGUGUUGGAGAAGCCAGUAGCCAGCCACUAUCGACAUUCAACUGGGAAAAGCCCCAGGGAACAGUUUCGGGACGAAGUGCUAACCAUCUCAAACAAGCAGCAAGAGUGUAUGAUGAAAAGAAAACACGCAUUAACAGAUUUGUCCGAAGAAGAGGAGGGUUACCAGUUGCGCAUUAAGAUGCUACGAAAUAUUCUUGAACGUCUUGAUGGCACUCAAAUAAAAGAUGACAAGAAACUUCCUCUUCCAAAAGAGAUGAUUGAGGCCACAAAGAGGAUGCUCUCGCAUAUCGACAGAAUUGUUAAUCUCUCGGAAAGCACCCUGACCAAGCUCCAGACCUGUGUGAUGGAUCCGCCUAAUGCUGCAACAUGUUUCCUCCAAAAUGAGUCAGAAUGGGCACAAUAUUCGGGCUACUUUUAUCACCUGAAUCGAUGGAUGGAGUCGUUCAAGCCAUUACUUACCGACCCAAAACUAAACCACCUCUUCUGCAUGGCACCGGAGAACGACGAACAGGAGAGCAGAAUUGACGCCCAACACCUCUUAGAAUACCUUUUCGCACCGAGAACACACCUCUCGGCAUAUGAACAUUUGCUUAGCUGCCUUGCGCGAUACACCAGCAGGAACGAACAAGAUACCCGAUGUCUAGAAAAAGCCAUAACAGUGGUGAGAAGGCUUCAAAGAAGGUCGACGGAGGCGUUGAGGCUUUGGCCAUUUAUUGCCAACAUGCCGGUGGACGGAUCGCUUGGAGUUCUGCCCUCAUCAAAUGCAUAUGUCGAUGCUAAUCAGUUACCGAAGCCCAUCACCAGAAUGACCUUAUUAAACGUUAGCCAAAGCAAAAUGAACGAAGGCGGUACAGCACUUAGUGAGGAGGGAUUUCUGGUGCUGAAUGAAGAUAAUAUUCUCUUCAUAAAGGCUCUACCAAAUGCAGAGAAAAAAUAUGAAAUCUCAUGGAUUUUGCCGCUAUCAGAGAUACGUCUGCGACCGGAAAGUAAAGGAUUAAACACUGAACGUUUUGAAAUUUGGAACGUUACCAAUUCUGGAGAUUCCCUCAAGGUUGUUUACACCAUCUCAACCCCUAACGCAUGUAGUCGACAAGCCUGGUUGCAGGAUAUUCAGCGGGCCUUAAAGAAAAAAGACAUCGUUGACUAUCUCGUGGAUGUUACGUUGCUGAGAGCUCAUGAAGAGGCUGCUGCUGAAGCUAAUCAAACAAGAACUAGCUUGUUGGACGACACCAACACAGAGGCAACAGAUGGAAUUACAGACUCUUUCUAUGAUGCAGAGGAGAUGCUAAAAUCGCGGACCUAUGAUUCGGACGCCAUUCUGCCACAGUCUAGAGAUUCCGUCAACACGCUUGACGGUGUCAUUAACCCUUUCAUGGAACAAAUUCCUGAGGGAGAAAGCAAUACUGCAGAGAUUAGCCAGGUUUUGAUAACGCAGUCAAUCAAGACAGAGAAGCCCUAUGUGCAUCGUUCAGAACCGCAGCAUAUUAAUUCGUCUGAAGGUGGUGAAAUGGAAUUGAACAUUGAGACUUCUACCUCGGACAAUGACAACUACACAACUGAAUGGACUUUUAACGGGACUCCAAUCGAUGCAGAGAACAUGGGUGCCUAUCCUCGUACCGAGGGCAAUACUGCGUACUUACUAGUCCCUAAGGUAUCAAAAAAACUGCAUGAGGGAUGUUAUGAAUGCACUCUCACUUGGCCAUCUGGAAUGCAAGCAAUUUUCCCAUUCGCUGUGGUGGUGCACGAUUCGGAAGCUGGAAUAGAUCCAACAAACGAAGUUAGCAAGCUGAGCUUAAAAACUGUUGAAUUAUCAAGAUUGGCAAUACCAAAUGAAGAUGAAGAAGGUUCUGUUGAAUUUCACGAUGGGGAAAUAAUUUUGCUACCUGAAACUCAAAAUGAAAUCUAUGAGGCAAAAGAAACAUCAAAUACAAUGAUGUCGGAGGCUGCUGAAGACCAGAAACGCUACCGUGUAGCGAAAAUGGGCAUCAUUCACAUUGAUCAUGAACCUCCUUUAAAGGACGUUUCCUUAAUGGAAGACGCGGACGCCACAGUUGAGGAGGAAACUAUCGACACUUCAGUAGUUUCAACGACUUUGAAUGAAUCGCCCGUGGUUGUAAAACCUUUUAUCCAAAAGUACAUAGAACCAACUAAAAUUGACACAAAAGAAGGCGGACCGUUCAAACUAAUAGCUUUGGAAGUCGUUGAUACAACUUCAAGUGUUUCGUGGACACUGAAUGGGAGAAGGAUCCCCAUCAAUGUUUUUGAGGUUCAUAGAAGGCCCUCAAGUAUUGAGUUAACUAAGCCGACUUUAACUAGUUCUGAUUCUGGGGAAUACACCUUAUGGGUGGAUGGAAAAAUGAAAGCAAACUUCGUUUUGAAUGUAGAAAAGGGGAUUGAAGAAGAGCCACAAAGUGAAGAAACGGAGGUUUUAGAAAAGGAAGAGAUCUUUAAUGAAAAGAAGGAGGAUUAUCCUGUUGGCGAAAAGGAAACUGAAAUAAAUGACCUUAAGCAGAAGUCGUCUCAAAAAUCGGAGAUUAGGGAAUCAAGGCGCGGUGACAUCAUUCAGCUUACAGAAGGCGAUAAGCUCCGAUUCGACACCCAAAUUCCACUUGAUGCUCGUCAAAUGAAGAGCAAUAGACUAUGGUGGACGAAAAAUGGAAAGCCAUUAGUCGACGUGGAUGGAGUUGUGUCACGUAGCUCGAAAUUCACCGCCAAAUCCAUCACCAAGUCUCCGGGCUCCACCACUGUGGAAUUGGUCAAGAAAGAUUCUGUUUCUGUCGAGGAUGCAGCGACCUAUGUGCUGAUGGGUGAACCAAGAAUAAGGCGUGGUUUCAGACCACAGGAAACAGCUUAUGCCACAAUUGUUGUGUCUGUGGUAGAGAAACCCAAGAUUGGUGUUGAUGAGGGUGAGGAGGAAGUUGCGGCAAUCCCAACUGCGUUGGAAGAAAAGAAGGAUGAGUCGGUGAAGGAGAUUGUUGAAGCAGAAGAGGUGUUAGAGGGACGAGAAGCUGGCAAGGCGAAACCAAUGGAAGCAAAGGGUGACGAUAAAGAUAGUGAGGGGGAAUCUAUGACGAGGAAGAAGUCACUUGAAAGUGCGCCAGAAUUAAAGGUAGAAGCUGAACAACCGAUUUUAGAAGAAGAGUCUUUAAGCACCUUGAAUGACUUCGACGUCAAGUUAAUAGAGAGCUCACAAGACAGGGAAAAAGCCGGCGGAAUUGAGCCAGAGAAGACGAAUAAAGAAUUGAGUAGCGAUGGUGGAGGUAAUGAAGGGGAAUUGAUUAAGGGGUCUUUUGAGAGCGAUGCCGAGUCAAAGCCUGUUAAGACCAUGGAGCAGUCUGUAGGAGCGUUUAAAUCUGUUUCAGAAGACACGGAGGGACUUCCGACCGAAAAAAUCAAUGAAACGGCACGAGUGUCACAGACGGAAAAAGUCGGUGAAACUAAGGCAAGACGGAAAACGAGUAAAGAUAAGAGCAGAGAAGAGCUGCAGACAAUGGUAAAACCUCUUGAAGGUGAGGCUGAAGAGCAACAGGGUAAGGCGAAUUUGGAGGGCGUAAACGAAGUCCUCUCCACCUUACCACCAGGAGGAAUGAAGACAGAAGAGCCGAUUGCAGCAGCUCUUACUUCUGAAAACAUUGUCAAACUGAUAGAAGGUGAUAAAUUCCAGUUGGUUGCCAAAGUGCCAUUGGAUUCUCGUCAAAUGAAGAGUGAUAGACUAUGGUGGACAAAGGACGGAAAAUUAUUCCUUAAUGUAGAUGGUGUUACUCCAAGAACCGCUAAGUUCCUUUCAAGGUCCACUCCGAAGUCACCAAAAUCUACUGAGGUAGAAUUGAUUAAGAAGGAACCCACUGAUAUGAAUGAUGCUGCAACGUAUAAGCUUCUUGGUGAACCAAGACUAAAGCGCGGCUUUAGGCCACAAGAAACAACCUAUGCCACGAUUGUGGUUUCUGUGGUAGAGAAACCGAAGUCUCAUAAAAGUAACGAUGAUGAGUUGCAGACUAAGGAAAUUGAAGACUCCAGUAAAACACAGCCUGUCCAACUGGAAAAUGAUAACCAGAAUCAACAAGAGGAGGUUCAGAGUAAAGAUAUCUCUCAGGAGAAAGUCAAGGAAAGUGAGGUUCGGUCAAGAAGGACAAUAGAUGAAGAUGAUGCUUUUGGAAGAAAAGCUGAAAGUGGCAAGUCGUCGGUUGAUGUAAGUGAACAGUCUACAAAAGAUCAGAAUAAGGAAACGAUCAAAGGAAACGAAUCUCCAACAGAAAGCAAGGAGGCUGUUAGAGAGAAGCCUGAUGUAUCUGGAGCUGCAGUGAAAUAUACAGAAGGCGAUAAGCUCCGAUUCGACACCCAAAUUCCACUUGAUGCUCGUCAAAUGAAGAGCAAUAGACUAUGGUGGACGAAAAAUGGAAAGCCAUUAGUCGACGUGGAUGGAGUUGUGUCACGUAGCUCGAAAUUCACCGCCAAAUCCAUCACCAAGUCUCCGGGCUCCACCACUGUGGAAUUGGUCAAGAAAGAUUCUGUUUCUGUCGAGGAUGCAGCGACCUAUGUGCUGAUGGGUGAACCAAGAAUAAGGCGUGGUUUCAGACCACAGGAAACAGCUUAUGCCACAAUUGUUGUGUCUGUGGUAGAGAAACCCAAGAUUGGUGUUGAUGAGGGUGAGGAGGAAGUUGCGGCAAUCCCAACUGCGUUGGAAGAAAAGAAGGAUGAGUCGGUGAAGGAGAUUGUUGAAGCAGAAGAGGUGUUAGAGGGACGAGAAGCUGGCAAGGCGAAACCAAUGGAAGCAAAGGGUGACGAUAAAGAUAGUGAGGAGAAGUCACUUGAAAGCGCUCCAGAAUUUAAGGGCGUUCAGUCUGUUCAAGAAAAAGAGAUCGAAUCCCCUCUAGAAGUAGAGAAAGAGUCACCAUCAAAAGCGCCUUCGUCUUUGACAGAAAAUGUUGUUUCCUUGACGACUGGUGACAAGCUGCAACUAGCUACCUUGGUUCCUCUUGACGCUCGUCAUUUCAAAAAUGAAAAACUUUGGUGGACAAAAGAUGGAAAACCAUUCUUAGAUGUGGACGGAAUUACUUCCAGAAGUGCCAAAUUUGUCUCCAGGUCAAAACCAGAUCCCCCACAAUCUACGAUCAUCGAAAUGACCAAGAAAGAACCUGCUACAGUUGAGGAUGCUGCAACGUAUGUACUGAUGGGCGAACCCAGAAUCAAGCGUGGCUUUAAAUCUCAAGAAAAACCUUACGCUACAAUAAUUGUAAAGGUUUCGGAUGCACCUUCAAAUGAUUCCUCUCAAACUGAAGAGGUGUCCUCAAAAAUUCCUGCCUCAACUAAACUGAAGGAAGAAGAGCAAAUCGAUUUUGAGGCUUUAGCCGUAACUGAAGAAAAGAUGAAGGUAGAAGAUGAAGAGAAAGCCGAGGGCAAUCAGGUCCAUGAUCUGAAAGGAAAGCCAGAAGAGGUGGGUAUAGAGGAGAAGAAAGAAAAGCGGAAGAAAAAGUCGAAGUCCAGUGAAAGUGAAGGGGAAGAAGGGAAAAGAAAGUCAAGAAAGAAAAAGGUUUCUGAAGAAGUUGCAGAGAAGUUGGAAGAGGCUGCGCCUGUGGAGGAGAAGUUGGAAACUAAACUGGUUGAAACCGUUGAACUUCGGUGCAUCGAGGCUAAUGCAAACAGACGCCUGGGACACGAAAAGAUACCUGUUCCAGCUGGUGAACCCUUAUGCCUCACCGUCACUGGUGUUCCGCCAGAAGUAACGUCUGUUUCGUGGACCCUCAACGGUCAGCCAGUUCGUUCUGGCAAACGAGUUCAACGUCUGCUUGAGCCAAAUCCUCUCGGCAAAAGAUAUGACGGAGAGCUCAUGGCUCAAUUAUAUCUUGACUCCACUGUCCUCCUCGACUCUGGAGACUAUGAGUUAACCAUAGUACCAACAGAUACGUGUCCGAUUAAAGGGCAUCUUUCCAUCCCAGUGGAAAUUGUAUCAGCAAAGAAAGCACUGGCAAAGCAGAGAAGUCGGACGGGGGAUAAUGGGAAAGUGGAAGGAGAGGAAGAGAAUGUUAAUGUUUUGCAAGUCCAACCAAACCUUUGCCAACCUCUAGGCUUCACAGCGUGCGAGGGACAGUCUAUAAGUCUUGUCGCGGACCUCAGCGUGCCAGUGGACAAGGUACCACCAGAAUCUGUUUCCUGGAGUCGCAAUGGCAUUCCUUUGUCGCCAGAUGAUCCAUGUCACGACUUCUCCAUCAAAGCCUCGGAGAAGAAUCGUGAUCACACUUCUGUGAUCCUGCACAAGCCUGCAGUGACUCUGGAUGAUGUUGGCUUUUAUUCAGUCACGUAUAAUCCUCUGCCAACAAUUAAGGAGGAGCCUCUGGCCGAGGCGGCAGAUGAGGAGGGUUAUGGAACUGGAUGGGAGGUUGACUUCCCAGAACUUUUGGUAUUUCCUGCUGAAGCAGCCCCAUGUCCCUCUCCUUCCAAGGCUCCUAUUUUCACCAAAGAAUUGCCGAAAGAGAUUCGUGUUUUGGAGGGCGAUACCAUUACUCUGGAUGCAGAGAUUGCCGAGCCUAUUCACGGAAUAACGCCGAUAUGGUCAGUGAAUGGACAUGAUAUCAACCCUUCGAGAACCUCCGAAUACGUGGUGUGGGAUAGUGGAAACUACUUCGCUUUGACCAUCCCUGCCGCUGGCAAGCAUCACCUGGGUGAUUAUGAGCUCAGACUGACUAGUGGACAGGGAAAGGAACCCAUAAUGACCUCGUGCCAUGUCAGAGGCAAAUCGGACUUUGGAGCUAUGCCAUUUGACACACCAAAUCGAGCCAUUGUUGCUUCUCACGGCAUUGUACCGAUGUUCACAAAAAAGCUCACCGACUUGGAUUGCUUGUCUGGGGAAACCAUGGAAUUAACUUGUCGUGUAGUUGGUGACCCUAUUCCACACUUUUUCUGGAGACACAAUGGUGAAAUCGUGGAAUCCGAUUAUCAUCACCGAGUCCGAAGCUAUGACAACACCUCCACAUUGAAGAUCUUUUCCAUAGAACCAAAAGAUCGUGGUACUUAUAUAUGCAGUGCUGUUAACGAAUUGGGGAAAACUCAGACGUCUGCACAGAUUUCCGUAGAUGGCAUGACUGAACCGUUGGAAGAGACAGAGGUUGGAACAAGCAAAAUUCGGCCUCCACGACAGGGUCUUCCAAGAGCUGCACCAGAAGGUCUAAUGCUUGAAAGCGCGACUCCGACUGAGCUGACAAUUUGUUGGAGUCCAGUUUCCUCGGAAGAAUCUGGCAACAUUGCUUAUACCGUGGAAAUGUCCAAAGAUAAUGGCUACUUCUGGAGUCCUGUGCUUACUGGUCUUCAAACCACACGUGCUACCCUACCACAUACUAUUGUAACACCCCUCCAACCCAUUCAGUUGCGGGUCCAUGCUGAAAACUCUCUUGGAACCGGUCCACCUUCUCAGCCCGUACUCAAAAUUCCGCCACGUGCUAGUGUGCCGAACAUGCAUGCCAUCAAACCUGCUAUUUCCAAUUUGGAUUUAACCUCAGUCAUGAUCACGUGGUCUAGUCCUACUAGUGGAGCACCAUCGAAUGUCUCCUACAUUCUGGAAGUACGCGAGGGCACAAAGGGUGGAUGGAAGCCAGUAGCCUCGGGUCUGAAAGAUAAAACCUACAUCUAUCAUUUAAAACCCGGAGUCUCCACAAUGGUACGCGUUCGGGCCUAUAAUGAGUUUGGAACCUCCGAACCAAGCGCCACGGCAAUUGUCAAUCUUCCAGUAGAGGACUUAAUCCCAGAUCUUGCAAUGGAUCCACCAUGGGUUUCCGUCAUUAGGCCCGAUGUCAGUCAUACCGAGAAGGGAGGUCAAUUAGGACUCAUGGUACACUGGAAAGAGGCCUAUCUCCCGGAAUACUGUGAUGACUGUGUGAGUGGUUUGAAACCCGUCUACACACUUGAAUGGAGAAAAGGUCGAACUGGGCCCUGGCAUGUUGUAGACGAUUGUAUAGUUGACACAACGACCUACAGACUUCCGACGUAUAUUGUGCGAGGCGUCCAAGAAGCAUGUACUUCCAAUUCGCAAAGUCCGGAGGUUCGAGUUAUCUGUCGAAACGACUACGGUUCGACCCUGCCUACAAAAUCCCUAAGACUUACCAAUUUCGGUCUGCCGAAACACUCAGACUCAGAUCUCGAGAAAUCAACUCGUCCAGAUGAAGCGCUACUCUCUCUCCCAAUAAUUGCGCUUGCAGACGACGUAGGAAGAGCUCCCCUGUGGCUAACCUCUACAGAUAUCGAGGAUGGUAUUAGUCUUAAGUGGAAUAAAACGUUUCACUAUGGAGAUGACAGUCUACAUGGCAAAUACCGCAUUGAACGUGCUGUGAUGCCAAGUAGUUAUACAGCUGAAACUGAAGGCCUGUGGGAACCAGUUGGACCUCGGUCACAACCCAUUCUCGGAGACUCCUACUGUCUAGACUUGGCUCUUCACCCAUCCGCUGAACAACGGCUUCGCCUUCUGGCCCUAACAAAUGAUGGUUCUGUCUCGGGGUGGCUGAAUGCCUAUAGGCAGGUACGACUGCCUUCCAAGCGCCAACUUCUUCCAUCGCCUGUGGAGGGCCUGCGGGCUCACCUCAUUCAGCCAAAGGAGGAAGGCGGGGUCUUUUCCGUUCUGCUUGACUGGAAUUGUUCUGGUCAAACUGAAGGGGAAAGAAUUUUGGAAGAACAGUUGGAGCCCGGAGCAUUUUUCACUCCACAAGCAACUUCCUACCGCGUGGAGGUUCAAGAGAACCAUGGAGCGUGGCGUGAAGUCGGCACUCUAAUAGGUUCCUCUAAAACAUUUUUUGUACACAAGACGCCAAUGAGCGGCGCCACCCUUCGGUACCGAGUUAUACCAAUUAACCGAUUCGGUGAGGGACCAGAGGUGGAAGUGCCAGCCAUCCAUACCCCCAAACGAUUGUCAGAACUUCAAGGCUGUGUGGAGGACUUGAAGGUUUUGAUAGUUGCUCCUCGAUCAGUAUUUCUGCGCUGGCGUCUAGGAGACGAGGCCAUUGAUGCGCUGGAAUUGAUGGGACGUCGAGAACUGUCUUGUCCCUCUGCAGCACGCGGAAUGGGUGACAGUGGCUAUGAGGAGAAUGCAGAAUUGCGCGGUCGUGUCAGUUACUGCGUGGAGCGUCGUGACGCAUUCUCAUCAGACUGGUAUGCAGUGGCAACUGUAGAGAGCUUCCAGGACGAGUUGACAGGCAAGGCAACACUACGUGACUGUCCCAAGGAGAUGUACGGAAAUGAGUAUCGAGUCAUUGCCUUUCUGAACAGUCAGCCCUGUGCCCCGACUGAACUGGCGCCUGAUCUCUCCUACCACAAGGCCAAGGUGGAUGUGAGCAAAGUAGAUGAAUACCAAAUUUCCUAUCCUGAGGAGAACCUGACGGGUUUCUUUAGCAAUAACAUCCUGGCAUCUACACUGCCGCAGAGUCUGGAAGAAGACCUCACUUUUGAUGUUGAGGCUAUGUGUGGCAAUAGGAAGGAGUGGGAGAAAAUUGCCACAGGGCUUCCAACACCAGUCUUUGCAUGGAGUGGAGUGAAUCCCCUUCUACCCUACUCUUUUCGCAUUGUUGGGAGAAAUCAGUUCGGUGAGGGUAUUCCUUCUCGUGCAACUCACGUUGACGCUCAAGUUGUUAUUCCUGAUCUCUCUUUCGUGGUUCCAACGGUGCGAGAAGCCACAGGCGUUCUGGAGGGUCGCGAACCUCCGGAAAUGCGUUGGCAGACACCAAAGAUGUAUAACCUAACCCAGACAUUGACACCUUUCACUUAUGAAGUUCAAAUUCGGCGAGUAGGCUCUGGAAGUGGCUCAGAUGAGUGGGAGACCUUCCGAAAGGGCUUGAAGCAGCCUCGAUGUUCCCUAGAAGGUCUAGAUCCGACGCAAGAGUAUGUACUCCGUGUUGUGGCAGUCACUAACUUUGGUCGGGGCGAACCUAGUCAAUCUGUCAGAAAACGUAAAUCUCGAGCUAUCCACUCAAGUCAAUCUCUCGGUAGCCGUAGUACCCUUGGCAGUUCUUUCGACUCUAUACCGCCACAGUUUGAAAAUCCUUCAUCUGAAGUCGUCUACGUGCCAUGUGGCGGAGACUUGGAUCUUCGAUGCACUCUUGCUUCCUCCAACCUGAAGAAUCCAGUGCAGUUCAUUUGGUUCUUCAACUCCCAGGAAAUUCCAAACGUUCCCAGCACCCUAGACGCUCUUACUGCUAUUUAUAAGUUCUUUCAAGUAAAGCUGGGAGUUAAGCAGUGUGAGGCCGCAAAGCACGAGCAGUUUCCAUCAGGCUACUUUCAGCAUGUGACUGGCGGUGGAAAGUCGGCCCAGCUAAGACUUUUCGACCUUGAUGAACGUGACUUUGGAACCUACACCUGCAAGGCUGUUAACAGCUUCGGUACUGCUGUCAAGGUGUUCAAAGUGCUCAGGGCUGACGCACCAGUGAUCACCGAGGUUCCCCUACCAAUCAUAACACUACCUGUACACCAUACCCUUCUACUACCCUGCUGUGUUGAUGCUGUGCCACCGCCCAGAAUUACAUGGACCCGUGACUCCAAGCGCCUUACUUCCUCACAUCGCACGUGGAUUGGCGGAGAAUCGAGGUCUGCGGCUCAGCUGGAUUGGUUUGCGAACAAUGAAGAGCCUGAACUCAACGAGUUAACCGUUGAUGCUUCCUUGCGAGUGGAGAGAUGCGUAUUCCAAGAUGCAGGUCUCUACACAAUGAUUGCAGAGAAUCCAGCAGGAAGAGCUCAGACUAGCUGUAUUGUGAGAAUCGAGGAAAAACUGUCUCCACGGACGAUUACUCCACGAUGGUCAAAUAUAGAAAAGCACUACUUUGUUCUUCAUCAAAUAGCUACAGGUUCUUUCAGUCGUGCUCACCUGUUGAUUGAUAAGAAAACAAGUCGGGAGUACGUGGGCAAGGUCUAUGCGCUGGCCGACCCUAUGACCCGAGUGCUGGGCGCGCGAGAAUUUGAAUGUCUCAAUCGACUGCAUCACAACAAUAUCGUAGAGAUGAUUGACGCUGUGGUCAGCGACGAUUAUCUCUUUCUAAUCACCGAGAGACUCUCCGGAAAUCAUCUGCUGGAAGAGGUUGUCUUGGGACAUACAUGGACGGAGGCAGCCGCUGCGAUGCUCAUCAAAGAAAUACUAGAAGCAGUGGCACAUGUUCAUGAGGAAGGUAUCGUCCACCUCGACAUUCAGCCGGACAACAUAAUCUUUCCGCGAGGCACCUCUUCACGUACUGCUGGCCUGGAAGGAUUAAUGCAAGCGCUCAGUAGUCUUUCCGUCGACACUGCGGGCGCUGGUGGUCGCAGUGAUCUCGGUGUCAUCUCAUGCUUUGUUAAACUCACCGGAUUUUCAAUGGCUCAACCUGUAGGCCAACGUACUACCCUUCAAAUGGCAAGCAUCAUGCCUCCUCCACUCUGGUGUCCUGAUUUUGCUGCUCCGGAGCUUCUUAGCAUCACCACCGCUCCAGGCAUAGAGGAUAACUCACAAAUGUGCGUCGGUUUUGCUGCUGAUGUCUGGAGUGUUGGAAUCAUUGCUUACCUCCUACUCUUUGGGGAGCAUCCAGUUAUUCGCAAUGCAGAUGAGACGUUAAAAGUGGACGAUGUUAAUUCAAUAGAGGAUGGACUAGCAGAUUUGACGAAUGCGUCAAUUGAUUCAUACGAACAGGACGUUUCAUUGGAGGCGAUUGAUUUCCUCCGUUAUUUGCUCGAUGCUGAACCCCGAAAUCGACCCACAGCCAAGGAGUGCUUACAACAUCCUUGGCUUGCUGAAGGUAGUCGAAGUGCUCGUAAUUUGGAGAACAGUCUCAGCAAUCUCAAAACCUACCAGCGCAUCUAUCAAAAAAGGAAAACAAUCCCAACGGGGAAUCUGCGCAAGGAGAGUUUCUUACGCUUUGCUGGACGGGCGUGCAUCGAAGCGACGCCAGCUCGACCGUCAGAAUCGCCGAUGUCGUUAGAGGCGCGGGAGGAUUCUAUGCAACCUCCAAGGAUGUCUUCCAGUGAUGGUGGCUCUUCUGGACGAGGAUGCAGCAUUGACCGAGAUUUAACAAGUCGAAUCGCAACAUUAAUGGUUCCACCGGAGGAGCGAUUUGGCUGCACUGGGUCGGGCACUUCUUCACUGAGGUCCUCGAUGCUCCACCUGGACGUCGAUGAAUACCAAAUGAACCAAUCACCGCUAGGGUCACCCUCACCACGUCUUGAACCUUGGCGUGGUAGCGAUGGAACACGCAGCCCAAGCCUCUUCUCGGCCGAUGACUCGUCCGAGCCCGUCAAACGCCUCUGUGAUGAUAUUUCUAAAGGACGCGACGAGCAAAUCCUCCCUGUAGAACCACGUCACUGUGAGGGUCCUCUGAAGUCCACCAACAAACUGGCUCCAGUAUUCUCCAAUCCGCUGCGUGACAGUCGGAUUGAUCCACAAACCAACAGCGUUUUCUUCUCCUGUCAACUGGCUAGUCCUCCACGGCUCCUGGCUCCUGAAAUUCUCUAUCAACGCAGUGAUGUGCGCAAGCAUCUUGAAAUCCUCGGAAUGGAAAACUUCGCUCUUGGUGGAAGUGGUACCAGUAGCAGUGGCGUUGGUAGCGGUUCCAGCGGCAGUGUGGCAGCAGCGUGGUAUCUUGGGGGCUGCCUUCUAUCAGAAGCACCCGGUGUCUCGUUGGGCGCUAGUCCUGAUGGUUGGCUUUGGCUGCGUCUUAAUGAUGCGGAGCGUGGUAUGGCAGGAAAAGUGGUGGAGUGUGUGGUGCGAGCUAGACACGGAAAGGCGAAGACAAGGGCAAGAAUACUACUACCUGAACCGCCAUCACCUCCUGGUCGUCCAGGCAUCCUACAGUCAGCUUCCACUGAAGUCCUUGUUGGCUGGACUUGCGGAAAUGAUGACAGCUGUGAGGACUUUAUCUAUCGCGUGGAUGUCAAGUACCCCGACGCCAAACCGGUUGCCUCAGCGUGGAGGACAGUCGGUUACUCUGUGGACCGCCGUUUUCUUAUUUCCGGCCUGGAACCAGAACAGGCUUAUCGCGUGCGUGUGUGUGUCCGUAAUGCCAUUGGUUGGAGUGCCUACAGUAUCGCUUCUUCCGAGUUCCGGCUUCACUCUGGUUACGCGACGACAGUACCGCUGAUAGAAGAGGAACGAGAAUGGAUCUUACGAUGGCGACAAGCCGCUCAUCCGUUCGGCCUUAGCGAUCACCCUGAGGCUAUGUCGACAACCGCGUCAUCGAAUUCCAAAGGUAUCGAGCAUGAGGCUUUCAAAAGACCACCACCUUCUGGAGUUGUCAAGGAAAUGAUCCAGGCUUGUGGUCUCUUCCCACAUCUGGAAGCCGUUAAGAUGCUUUGUCGAACAGAGGGUCUCAUUUCGAGAGGCAAUUUUGGAGAGAGUAGUCAUCUACUGGCGCUCAUUCGAUGCCACCCAGCUCUUGUGGAACGCGGUGAUUUGCCAAAUCAGCGACCAGAAAAGCAGCUGCUUCGGCUACCUGCUUUUCUUGUUGCCCGCAUUACGCGCCUUAGCGAAUCAUCAUCUGCAGAAUCACUGGAGUCCCAAGCACGACAACAAGCUCUCCUCCUCACCCUGCUUCGUUCUGCAGCAACAAUUACUGCUUGUAGCGGACUGGAAGGGGCUCCCCUCUUCACCCAGCAAUUCGGAAUUCGAUUGCCCAGCCUCCUGCCACAAGGUCUUUGCCUCGGGUGGCUAGCUAACGAUGCCGCCAAGCCAACGGCGGGAAUAUCAGUCUCAUAUUGGAUACCAGGAGGGGCGUUGCUAGAUGUCUUGUUAGCACGUGGAGAGUUUACGGAAUUCAGUGUAGCGCGGUGGGUCAAUCAACUGCUCGGUGCACUCCGAUGGCUCCAUACAGCCUUCCAUGGACGUCUGCAUGGGAGAGUGGACUUCGACAGGGUCCAGGCGGCCAGACGCACCUCGACAUUACCCGAUAUUGUUUUGACUGGAGUGGAACCUAUAGAACCUUGGGAGAAACGAGUCGACUGUUUUACUGCGCCUGAAUUAGUCGACGGUGGGAAAUGCAAUGCUCUGUCUGAUCUUUACAGUGUGGGUGCUUUUGCCUACAUUCUCCUCCUGGCCGAGAGUAUCUCUACAUCCCUAACAGACCGCCAGACCUCCCGAACGCCUACUCCUACAAGUGAGAAAGCAAUUGGUGGGGAGGCAUCAGGACGACUACGAAAGAAGUCAUCCACGGUGACACUACCCGGUGGCUACCGUAAUCUUGACCGACCAGUGGUCAACCUAAAGGCUAUUAAGCACCUCUCUAGGUGGGGUCGGAGAUUUGUCUACAAUGCUCUGCAAUUAGAGCCCAUGAGUCGUGGGUCUCUUGACUUUUGGCUUGAAAAUGAUUGGUUCAGUCUACGGCCAGAGGUGGUUAAACAACUUGCCGCAAAUACAAUUCCCUCCAAGUAUCUGCGUGCCUUCAGACCCUCAGAGAACCUCUAUGGUGUUGUUCCACUUUACCCUGACGAGAUCGAUCCCCUUUCAACGGUGUGA